UAGAGUAGUCACGUGAUCGACAUUGUCUUAUUUUUUUCUCAUCGAGCGUUCGGUUGAGCGAUACGAUUAUUUGCGAUAUUUUGACGCGUAAAAGUGUUUUGUUUCGAUGAGUUUGUUUUUUUUUUUUAAGUAUUUGAUAUUCAUGUAGAUGCCGGCAUUGAAAUUAGAGCAGGAAAUAUUUUGAGGAAGUGGAGUGACAGCCCCGCUGUUAAUCAAGAUGGCAGGUCUGUCUUUGUAUUUUGAAGAUGGUCAUGAUGAUUUGGAUGACUUUGGAUUCGAUGACUAUGGUUCAGAGUGUGAUGGGAUUCGGAUAACAGCAUUCCUGGAUGCAGGCCAGGAUAAUCUCACCCCUCUGGGCCGGCUGGAGAAAUAUGCUUUCAGUGAAAACGUCUUCAACAGGCAAAUUGUGGCUCGUGGAUUGCUGGAUGUGCUCCGGGAGUUCAGUGAUAAUGAAAAUGACUUCAUCAGCGUCAUGGAAACGGUUGCCAGGAUGUCUGAGGAUGGAGAACCGACAGUGCGAGCAGAGCUGAUGGAACAGGUACCAAACAUUGCCAUGUUCCUCCAUGAAAAUCGGCCCAAUUUCCCGGAAGCCUUCUCGCGGUAUCUGGUGCCCAUUGUGGUCCGGUAUCUCACAGACCCUAAUAACCAGGUGCGAAAGACGAGCCAGGCCGCUUUACUGGUGCUACUUGAACAGGGUCUGAUGAGUAAGGCAGAUAUGGAGGGAAGGGUCUGCCCUGUGCUUCUGGAGCUUACUGAACCCAGCAGUGACGAUGACUACAAGAUCGAAGCAGUUGCGAUCAUGUGUAAGCUGGUGACCAUGUUGACUAAAGACACGGUGGAACACCUUUUAUUGCUGCGCUUUUGUGAACUCUGCAGUGACGUCAGACUAUUUCAAGUCCGCAAGGUUUGUGCUGCAAACUUUGGAGAGUUCUGUUCUAUUGUUGGCCAGGAAGCCACAGAGAAACUUCUGAUGCCAAAGUUUUUCGACCUGUGCUCAGACAGUCUGUGGGGUAUUCGGAAAGCCUGUGCCGAGUGCUUCAUGGUUGUUUCAAACUGCACUUCUCCGGAGGUGCGGCGUACUAAAUUGUCCCCCUUGUUCAUCAACCUCAUUAGUGAUCAGUCACGUUGGGUACGCCAGGCUGCGUUCCAGUCUCUAGGUCGUUUUAUCUCCACGUUUGCCAACCCUUCAAUCACAGGACUGAAUUUCUGUGAGGAUGGAACCCUCCACGAGAUACCGAAAAUCUCCUCAGAGCGCCACAGACACAAAGUGACCACCAGCAACUCCAGUAACAGCCGCAAUUCCUUCAUUGAUGGUUCUCCAGACAGUCUCAUUCAGCCCCGUUCAGAGCAGCUACAAUCCACUUCAGAUCUGACGGGCCCACCAUCACAUCAUCCAGAAGGCAAUUCCUCUACCCAGCCCAAAGAAGAUGGCAUCAGCCUGGGCCAACCUAAACACUCAGCCCCUUUGUCCCGCCAGCAGAUGGACGACUGCACAGUGUUCAACUCCUUCAACUUCUGGAGAUCCCCACUACCUGACAUCACCCAAGACCUGCAGCUACUACAAGAAGAGGAAAGAGAUGAGGUGAUAGAGAAACAAGAUGAGACCAUGAGGGACACAGAAGGUGAGGGGAAGGAAGACGUGCCAAGUUUAGAUGCACAAGGCCCAGCCACCAGCUCCCAGAUCCAGAAGGUUUUGGACUGUCUUCAGCCCCACCUGGAUGAUCCUGAUGUGCAAGCUCAAGUGAAGGUGUUGUCCGCUGCGCUGAAAGCUGCCCAACUAGAGAGUCAGAGAGAAGAUGCAGAUGAGUCUGUGUCAGAGAGUAAUGGUUCCACAGGCUCCCCGACAUCUGAUGAGCUCAGUGCCAUGAGUGAACUCUCACUGACGGACGCACAGAUCUCAGACUCACCCUCCAGUUCACCAGUGCUGGUAGACGACUCUGAACACAGCAGUGAGGAGUCAGACCUAAUAGAAAAUGUGGAAGAGGACAAAGAUUCAGACACAGCUAAAACAUGUGAUGAGGAGAAAUCUAAAGUACAGAAUGUAAUUCCACAGCAGCUGCUGGAUCAGUAUCUGUCCAUGACAGACCCCGCUCGAGCUCAGACCGUAGACACUGAGAUCGCUAAACACUGUGCAUUCAGCUUGCCAGGUGUCGCCCUAACGCUGGGCAGACAGAACUGGCACUGCCUCAAAGACACAUAUGAGACCCUUGCUACAGACGUACAGUGGAAGGUGCGGCGGACGCUGGCAUUCUCUAUCCACGAGUUGGCAGUGAUUCUGGGGGAUCAGCUGACUGCAGCUGACCUGGUGCCCAUAUUUAACUGCUUCCUCAAAGACCUCGAUGAGGUGCGGAUAGGAGUCCUCAAACACCUGUAUGAUUUCUUAAAGCUUCUUCAUGCCGAUAAGCGUCGGGAAUAUCUGUAUCAGCUGCAGGAGUUCAUGGUGACGGACAACAGCAGAAAUUGGAGAUUCCGAUAUGAGCUAGCUGAGCAGCUCAUCCUGAUCAUUGAGUUGUACAGCCACAACGAUGUCUAUGACUACCUCAGACAGAUCGCACUUAACCUUUGCUCUGACAAAGUGUCUGAAGUGCGGUGGAUCUCCUAUAAACUGGUGGUGGAGAUCCUGCAGAAAUUAUAUGCCUGUGAAGCUCAUGAUCUGGGUCUGAAUUUCAUUAAUGAGCUCAUUAUGAGAUUCUGCCACUGUUCCAAAUGGGUCGGACGUCAGGCAUUUGCAUUCAUUUGCCAGGCCAUUGUGGAGGAGGACUGUAUGCCCAUGGACCAGUUUGCACUGCACCUUCUACCCAGUCUGCUCAGCCUCUCAUCAGAUCCUGUACCCAACGUACGUGUGCUGGUGGCCAAGGCGUUACGGCAGAGCGUGUUGGAAAAACCGUACUUCAAGGACCCAGGCAGCGCUUACUCAGAUGAGCUGGAAGAGGCUCUGUCUGAGCUGAGGAUGGACAAGGACAGGGACGUGCAGUUCUUCUCCACAAUGGAUCCCAACAGAAAUGUCAUGGACACAUCAGCGCUAAUUUAGCACCAUGUACUACCCGCACACAUGAACAAGCACCAGCAGGAACAACACUAAACGGAUUCACAGACAAGUGUUUACAAAUAGGAACUACUGACCAAACCUUCAAACACAGUGUAUCCUUGUCCUCUCCUAAUACGCUCCAUAUUUGACAGUGCAUGCAUAUAUUAUGCAUUUAUACACAAAACAGGCCUCAUUUAUAAAACGUUUCUACUGAUAUGUAGCUAAAUCUAAAAUUGGAUCCUUAAAAUAUGCAAAUGUAUGCUUAUUUAUGGCAGUACGACUAAUACAGCCUUGCAAAAUAAUUUUCCACAGUGGUUUUCACCAUUUAGAUGAUAAAAUUGUGAGAUUGUGUUGUCAAGCAAUUAAAAAUGAAUGCAAAACAAUACUUUUUACACAUGAGGACUGCUCACUCAGCCUCUCACUUACACAGCCUCACUUUAACCACCCAAACACACACACUCACACCUUCAAACACAGAACAACCAUCUCACCUCUCUGAAUGGUGCAAGAUUUUAUUUGCACCUUUGCGGCAGCAGAAAGUAUUUGGAGACAAGACGCAUCUCAACAGCGGAUUGUGUCGAUUCUCCUCAUCAGACGGUUCAGAUGCUACCAGCUGCCCCUCCAAAGCUAACUGUACAUUUGUAAGACUUCUUUUUUUUCUCCAUUUAAUUUUCUUGUGGAUUUCUUAAAACAAAAAGGACUACGAAGACAUAAGCAGACUGACACAGUGAAGUGCUACUAACUCAGGGAGACCUGAUAUUCAGAUUUUUUAAAGCUGCAAUGGCGCAAAAUGGUAUCGAGCCGAGCCCAAGUGAUGCUGCAGAACUGUUGCCGCAUUUACCAACCUCCUGUUUACCUGACCCUCAGGAUCCAACCAGAUUGUUGUGGGAAACGGGGUUUAGAAACCGCAAAUGAGCAAAUUUUUGCAGCUCAGGAGCCGAAAACCUCCCUCUAUUUUUGCGCAAUCCUUUUGUAGCUCACAAUUUGCUAUUGUCUUUCAAUACUGACAUUUUAAUGUACAUGUUUUGAGUGUGAUCCAGUCGUACGUAAAGCAACCUCCUCGUCUUCCCUGAUUGGUGGAGAGUGGUUUUAUUUCUCACCGUUUUAUAAAUAAAAGGGGCCAGUAUUUUAGAGAGCUGUCAGGAGUUGCUUUGCAGGCAACCUUUACAGUCACUAGAUGACAUAUAGACACUGGACAACCAAAAUUGUCAGACUUUAAAAAAAAAAAAAAAAAA